AUGUCCUUCAUUCACAAGAGGCUAACUGAAUUUAAAGGAAUCGAUGACACUGAGGUACUCUUUGGAGGACUGAAUGUCAUUGCAGUAGGUGACUUCUCCAGUUGCCACCAAUUGACAAGUGGUAUCAGGGAUCCCAUUGAUGUCAGUCAGCCUCCAUUUGUUGAUGCAUUACGCCUACUGCCUUUAAAGGAGCAAGUAGAUGAAUAUAAGGACAAUAGAUUUAAAGAUUUAUCACGCUCUACUAAAAUAUAUGAAUUUGAUGCAGAGCAUUCAAUAGUAGAGCCAACAACACUAAUCCCUGGUGUAGUAUCACAUGAAGAAGUCCCAGAAUCGCUCAUACCUUUCAAUGAUAGAGAUUGUGCUGGCUUAUCACGUAAAGUGAAGUUAGCUAUAGAAGCACAGGUUAUGUUACAACGUAACAUUAUAUGUGAGGAAGGAUUAGUAAACGGAGCUAGAGGAAUAAUUGUAGGUUUCUCUUGGCCAAAUGGAGCUGAUGAUCAAGCAAAGAAAGGGGACUUGCCACAAAAAGUAUAUGUAAAAUUUCAUGACACACGUGUAGGUCUAGUGAGCCGUGUCACAAUUAAUGAUUUAUCAGAGCAAGAACCUCUCCCAAUAGAACCAGUCAUGGCCAAGUUCUAUGGCAAGCAAGGAGUAACAUUACAGUGUACGCAGUUACCAUUACUACCUUGCUGGGCAGCUUUUAUACAUAAGGUUCAGGGUCUAUCUCUUGAUGCUGCUGUAAUCGAUCUAUGUCCUAAAAUGUUUGAAGAUGGAAUGGUAUACGUUGCCUUAAAUGCUACUACUAGCAGUAGCCAACCACCACCAUUAAUGUCAGCAAACCCUAUCACAGGGAUUAACCUAACCAUUUCCUCACUUUGUGGCUCUCAAUGA